GUGUCGUGUCUGCACACAUUUAAACAGGAAGUAAGUAAAGCCUCAGAGCUCCUGUUAGCCAGAAAGCAUCUUAUCAAGAAGUUUAACAACAAAAAGCGAAGUUGUCUGUUUGAGCCGAACCAACAUUCAACAUGGGGAAGCGUCAGCACCAAAAAGACAAAAUGUACAUUACAUGUACAGAAUACACUCACUUCUAUGGCGGGAAGCGAACAGAAAUUCCACAGGCGAACUUCAGACGGCUCCCGUUUGACCACUGCAGCUUGUCACUUCAGCCGUUUGAGUAUCCUGUCUGCACACCGGACGGAGUCGUCUUUGACCUGCUGAGCAUUGUUCCAUGGAUCAAGAGGUAUGGAACUAAUCCGAUCUCCGGAGAGAAACUUGAAGCAAAGUCCCUCAUUAAGCUCAACUUCAGCAAGAACAAUGAUGGAAAGUAUCACUGCCCGGUUCUGUACACUGUCUUCACAAAUAAUUCUCACAUUGUUGCCAACAAGGUCACCGGCAACGUGUUUUCUUAUGAGGCGGUGGAACAACUCAACAUCAAGACCAAAAGUUUUAAAGAUCUGCUGACCGACGAACCUUUCGCCAGAAAAGACAUAAUAACGCUACAGGACCCCACAAAUCUGGACAAAUUCAAUGUUUCCAACUUCUUCCAUGUGAAGAACAACCUCAAAGUGUUGGAUCCAGAUGAGGAAAAGGCUAAGCUGGACCCGGCGUAUCACCUGAAGAACACCAACCAGGAGACGAGGGAGACCCUUGCUGAGCUGUAUAAGGACUAUAAGGGCGACGAGCUGCUGGCUUCAACCAUGAAGGAGCCGGAGGCCAAGAAGACAGACAAGUUCAACGCUGCUCACUACUCCACAGGCAGAGUCUCGGCCUCCUUCACGUCCACAGCCAUGGCUCCUGCCACCACACAUGAAGCAGAUGCCAUUGCAGACGACGCCGUGCGUUACCAGUACGUGAAGAAGAAAGGCUACGUCCGUCUUCAUACGAACAAAGGAGACCUCAAUCUGGAGUUGCACUGUGAUAAGGUUCCCAAAGCCGGAGAGAACUUCAUCCGCCUGUGUAAGAAAGGCUACUACGACGGAACGAUCUUCCACAGGUCCAUUCGUAAUUUCAUGAUUCAAGGAGGAGACCCCACCGGCACGGGCACAGGCGGGGAGUCCUACUGGGGAAAGCCGUUCAAGGAUGAGUUUCGGCCCAACCUGUCCCACACCGGCCGGGGCGUGCUCAGCAUGGCCAACUCGGGCCCCAACACCAACAAGUCCCAGUUUUUCAUCACGUUCCGGUCGUGCACCUACCUGGACAGGAAGCACACUGUGUUCGGAAGGGUCGUUGGCGGCUUUGAGGCGCUCACAGCCAUGGAGAAUGUGGAGAGUGAUCCCAAAACAGACAAACCCAAGUCGGAGAUUAAGCUGCUGAGCGCCACCGUGUUUGUGGAUCCUUACGAAGAGGCAGACGCCCAGAUCGCAGCAGAGCGAGAAAAGGAGCUCCAGAAGCAGGAGGAGGAGAGGCAGCAGGCGAGCGCAGCGCUGAAGAAAGCCAAGGAGGAGCGCCCCAAAACCUUCAAGCAAGGUGUGGGGAAGUACAUCAACCCAAGCACAAUAAAGCGUUCGGCUGCCGAAGACGACAGCGGACCGUCCACCAGCGGGUCGGCGGCCAAGAAGUCCAAAGGCAAGACCGGCCUGGGAGACUUCAGCUCCUGGUAGCUCGCAGACAUUCAGCCGACACGCUCACCUUUUCUUCCUGGACAUGUUUUUUUUUUUUUUUUUAUCGGCCAGGUCAAGCACUGGCAAAAUUUAUUUCACCCUUACUUCAGUUUUUUGUUUGUCAUAAUGUCUUAGUCGUUGAACAAUAAAUGAAUGCUACUUUUACAAAAAAUAAUCUGCU